AUGAAAAUAGCAAGGAGGAAGAAGACGAUCAAGAUCAAUCAAAAACGUGUAACGAAGAAAGAAGAUGAAAACGAUCCGUUUUCAAAUAUUCCUCUGGAUCUAAUCGUAAAGAUUCUCCUGAAAGUUCCGACCAAAUCCAUAGCCAGACUUGUCUUGGUUUCAAGAAAAUGGUUAUCCAUAAUCCGCGGCAAAGACUUUAUCAACCUGUACCUAGCUCGAUCUUCACCUCGGUUUCUUUUAGCAGUCUUCGGCUCCAACGUGGAAGAACAGUUCUUACAAACCUGCUCUCAGGUUGAUCCAUCUUUGGAUCGUCAUAGGUUAGACAUAACUCCACAUAAGCUUAAUGCAGAUGGUUUUUCUCCACCAAUCCGCGGCCUUGUCUGCCGUCAAAUGGAUUUUAAAGUGGUUAUUUCAAACCCUAGCACGGGCCAAGUCUUAACGUUACCUAGAGUGAAAACUACAAGAAGAGGUAUAUUAUCAUUUUUUGGGUAUGAUCCAGUGAACGAUGUAUACAAAAUAUUGUGCAUGACGAUACUACAAGGUCGUCAAAGACGUGGAUCACAAGUUGUGUCCGAGGAGCAUCAAGUAUACACUCUAGGAGCUCAACGAAAAUGGAGAAUGAUUGAAUGUAAGCAACCUCAUCUUCCUCUUCCUCUUUGUGUUUUUACUAAAGGGAUAUGCAUAAAUGGGGUGCUUUAUUAUUAUGCUUGGAUAAAAGAUGAAGCAUUCUUGAUAAGCUUUGAUCUGAUAUCUGAAGAGUUUAAUGCCAUUAAGUUACCUGAAGAUAUCAAAUGCGUAGUUAACUACAAUGGGAAGGUAGCUAUAUCGAGUUGGCCUACGCGUCACGGUGAAGUUCGCUUAUGGAUUCUAGAAGAUGCAAGUAAACAAGAAUGGUCAAAAGUUUCAAUCGUUGUUCCUUCUUGGAUAGAUUUAAUUGACAUUCGUCAUGGAUACAGAUUAAGGGGUACACUUAGUACUGGUGAGCUUGUAUUUGUACCUAGGACCUUUCCUAUUAACCCGUUCUAUUUCAUCAGUUACAAUCUCAAGGAAAACAUCGCCAAGAAAGUUGUGGUUGAAGAACUUGGAGAACAUGAUGCUUCUCGCGAAAUCUAUCUAGGCCAUGUAGAAAGUCCUAUAUUCUGUCAGAUGUAG